ACGAAGCUAAACUACCGUCAAAAUGCCACCGAAGACUAGUGGAAAGGCCGCCAAGAAGUCGGGCAAGGCUCAGAAGAACAUCACGAAGGGCGACAAGAAGAAGAAGAAGCCACGUCGCAAGGAGAGCUACGCCAUCUACAUCUACAAGGUCCUGAAGCAAGUCCACCCGGACACCGGAAUCUCGUCGAAGGCCAUGAGCAUCAUGAACAGCUUUGUGAACGAUAUUUUCGAACGCAUUGCUGCUGAAGCUUCUCGCCUGGCUCACUACAACAAGCGAUCCACCAUUACUUCUCGCGAGGUUCAGACCUCAGUCCGUCUGUUGUUGCCAGGAGAAUUGGCCAAACAUGCCGUCUCUGAGGGAACCAAGGCUGUCACCAAGUACACUAGCUCCAAGUAAAUGUUUCGGACCAUGCAUUGAUGAACGUACAACAAUCGGCCCUAUUAAGGGCCAACAAAUGAUACUCGAAGAAAAAUUUGA